AUGGGGAUGGUGUACAGGUGGCUAAAUGUAGUUCUAGCCAUUGAACUAUGCAUUACGUUGUUUAUUGUUCUAUUUGUACCAUACACGGAAAUCGACUGGGUUGCCUAUAUGCAAGAAGUCAAGGGGGUCCUCGAUGGUGAGCUUGACUACAAAAAGCUCAAGGGUGACACAGGUCCUCUUGUCUAUCCAGGCGGUUUUGUUUGGACGUACAGUGCACUGUACUUUAUUACAAAGGGAGGGAAAGAUAUUGCUAUGGCUCAAUGGGUGUAUGCUGGAAUGUAUAUGAUGCUGUUUGCUGUUGUAGCUCAACUAUAUGCCCGCUCGAACGUUCGUGGGCGUCUGCUGCUUCGGCUUCUUCUUUCAAAGCGCAUCCGGUCUCUUUUUACGCUACGGCUCUUCAACGAUUGCUGGGCUAUGUUGUUAUUGUAUUUUGCAGUUAUAACCUUGGCCAAUGGGCGCCGGUGGAAACUCGGAUGUUUACUUUACAGCAUGGCCGUGUCUGUGAAGAUGAAUGUGUUUCUCUUUGCUCCCGGGCUGCUGGUGGUGCUCUGCAGGGCGCUACCAUGGUCAGGGGUAAUUUCUUGCCUCACCGUGUGUGCUCUUUGGCAAGUUGUUGCAGGGCUUCCCUUUCUCCUGUAUGACCCACAGAGUUACCUUCUCAAGGCCUUUGAGUUUGGUCGUGUGUUUACGUACCGAUGGACAGUUAACUUCAAGUGUGUGCCUGAGGAAUUGUUUGUGUCACCGGAGUUUGGUCUUGUCAUGUUGCUGCUCUGUGUUCUAAACUGGAUCCUUCUGUGGCGCAAGAGAUGGUCGAGGCGCCUCUACCGGCGCACCCACAUUGCCACUCUGCAGAGCAUCGGAAAUACAAAGAAAACAAAGGAGGUGGGCGUUUACGAUUCCGAUGACGAGGUGUACCGUAAUAUUGUCCUAACCAUGAUGGAGUCCAAUCUGAUUGGUGUUAUUUUUGCACGAUCACUGCACUACCAAUUCUUGGUGUGGUUCUUCCACUCAAUGCCGAUGGUGCUGUCCGCGACGCGGCUCCCACUCCCGCUUCAGAUUGCCUCAGGCGCGGCGGUGCAGUACGGCUUUGAGGCAUACCCGAGCACCGCGAAGUCGUCUGUGGUGCUGCUGUGCGGUUUUGCCAUUGCGUGGUUCGGCAUUGUGUUCAUGGGCGCAGAGCACGGUGGCAGGCCCGUCAAGCGCAAGAAGGUGGUUCUGGACAGUGGUGUCGGGGUAGAAUACCGCAACAAUGGCGGCAACAACAAGUUGGAGGAAAAUAAGGCACAGUAG